AUGCAACAUGAUCGAGUGAUUGCUUAUGCCUCGAGGCAACUCAAGAAGCACGAGCAGAAUUAUCCUACCCAUGACUUAGAACUUGCUGCAAUUGUGUUUGUUCUGAAAAUUUGGCGACACUACUUGUAUGGUGAGACGUGUCAGAUUUUCAUUGAUCACAAGAGCCUUAAGUACUUUUUCACUCAUAAGAAGUUGAAUAUGAGACAAAGGCGAUCACUGGAAUUGAUUAAAGACUAUGAUUACACUAUUGAGUAUCAUCCCAACCGAGCUAAUGUGGUAGCAAAUGCUUUGAGUAGGAAGAGAAGACUAGUGGAAGCUUAG